GGGCAUGACUUCGCCAACUUCGAGGCACAGGGGGCCCGAGGACGAUCUCUUCAGGAUGCACGAGAAGGCCGGGCAGAGCGCCAGCAGCCAUGCGGCGGCCCUGCUGAGGCAGAGCCCCCAGCUGCCGGAGCGCCACCCGCCGCCGCCCCGGGGGGCGAGCCCGACGCUGCCGGUGCGGCAGCCCGCCCACGGCGGCGCUGCCAGCCCCCAGCUCCCCAUGCGCGAGCUGUCCGGGCAGCUGAGCCCAUACCUGCCGACCAGGCAGCCAGCCGACGGCCUAGGCGGCGGCUCCCAGGGCGGCUGCUCCCCGGCGGCGCCCUCCGCCCCCAGCGCCUUCUCGGCCGCAGCGCACCGGGGCAGCAGGUCCCCCACCGCGGCGCUGGCCAGAGGCACGCCGCAGAUGCCUAUGCGGCACCCGGCUGGCACCCCGCAGCCCGCGAUGCGACAGCCCACGGUCGGCACCCCGCAGCCGUCGAUGCGGCAGCCCACGGGGACCCCGUCGAUGCCGACGCGGCUCCCCGCAGCUGCCGGCACCCCGCAGCUGCCCGAGCGGUGCCCCAGAGGCGCGUCGCCCUGCGCAGUGGACCGCGCCGGGCUCGGCCCGCUGGUCGAGGAGGACCCGGGCCGGCCGCAGGCCCCGGCGGGCUCCUCCGACGCCUUCGGCGCGGGCUUCGCGGACGCGGCGUCCGAAGCCGCGAAGGCCUGGCUCGAGCGGCUGCGAGGACCGUCGUGCACGGCGGAGGAGGGCGCCCCCGCGCAGGCAGAGGACCCCUUCGACCCGCCGAAGAAGCCGACGGACGUGCACAGGAGAGAGAGCGGCGUGGGCGACCUGUCGCACGUGCACCACCCCCUGUCGUUCAAGGAGCAGGCUCGUGGCCGAGGGCGGCGGCGCCGGGCGGCCACAGGACGCCUCCCCGCAGCGCGACCCCGGGAAGAGCCCGUUCGCGGGGUCUCCGCAGCUGCCUCUGAGGGGCCCCGCGCAGGAGGGCGCAAGCUCGUCGAUGGCGAGGGCUGCAAGCCCGCACCUGCCGGCCCGCUACCCGGUGACGCCGCAGG